CUUCGGCGCGUGAGUGGGAAUUGGGAAGGGUCUCUCUGUCAUUUUUCUCGAUACCUCUGCCCCCACUUGCGAACACGUUCCGAUCCCCAAAUCUCCACCUAUAAAUACCGUUUUCCGACCAGACCCAAGAACCAGAAAAAAAAACAAUCCAAAUUCAAAGAUGGAAUUGACGAGGUCAAUGAUCGUGCUCUGUCUGAUCGUCCUCCCUCUGGUGGCGGGAGGUUCGCUCCUGGGGGGAUGGCAACCGAUCAAGGACGUGAACGAUCCCAAGGUGGUGGAGAUCGCGAAAUACGCAGUGUCCGAACACAACAAGCAGUCGAAGUCGGAUCUGACGUACGAGCGCGUCGACGAGGGACAGACGCAGGUCGUGUCCGGCAUCCGAUACAGACUGGUCGUCCAAGCCAAGAACGGCGCCGCCGGCAAGAGCAAGUUCUAUUUGGCCACCGUGGUUGACGGCGCCACCGGCAAGAGGGUUCUCAAGUCUUUCAAGUACUUCCUUGGUUAAUCGUCGGUCUGACGAGGUCGUGUAAUGACACGAUCAUUUGUUGAGAUUAGAUCUAAUAAAUCAACGGUUUUGUUCUUUUGAGAAAUGGACGGUUGUGAUACAUUGAGAUCCGUUUUUUUUAAUAUUUUUUAAGUGA